UUUUUGAGAGGUAAGGGGGUGUGUCUGUGUCCCAUACGGGUAUCUGCCUCUGAGAGACGGAGCAGAGGCGGGAAAUGGCGCCUGGUAACACAACGGUGUGUCAUUUCGGAGACGGCCCUUGAGCAGAUACACCGAAAAAGUCGGAUCGGAUCACGAAAACAACCACAGCCGCAGUUGUGAUGGUCGAUCGGCGCUGAGUCGCUACCCCCGGACACCGCGGAGCACCGUAAACCUUUCAUGUGACUGCUAAAACAAUGAGGCUGAGAAUGCGUAAGGCGUCUCAGCAACCGAACCCCAGCGUGGCGAGCCGCCUGUCCAGGACCAAGCGGAGGCACUCAGAAGUAGAAGAGGACACUCCUACUAGUGGAGGGCGGGGCUUGUUCUCAACCAUCAAAAAGUUCAUCAGAGGAAAUGCUGUUAAGGUGGAGCAGGAAAGCCCAGCUAAGAAGACACGCCUCCACUGUGAUGUGGACAACAACCUGAUCACCUCUACGACCCCGAACACCGACUCCCCUCGCAGGACUAUCGGCAGGAGAGGCUCCAUCAAUGGGCAGGCAACCAAUCAUGACAGGAGUAAGGAGAAGCCUAACGGCAGUCUGGAGGAGACGACGACGGCUGUGGAGCUGCCCACCAGUCCUCAGAGAACCACCCUCCUUGGGACCAUCUUCUCCCCUGUUUUCAACUUCUUCUCACCAGCUAAAAAUGCCUCUUCUGGCUCAGACUCUCCAGACCAGGCACUGGAGGCCGAGGAGAUCGUCAAGCAGCUGGACAUAGAGCAAGCUGUAGAGAUGCCCACCAGCACGGCCACAUCCACACAGGAACUGUGUGCCCCCACUAACUUCUACUCUAGUGUAUCACAGCUGCCACCUCUGCGGCCCCCCCACAUCCCAGAGGCUCCACCCACAGCAGGGGAGGGGGAGCUUGAUGCUAAUGCUGACCUUCCACCUCUUACAGCUCCAGGCGCCACUCCAGAAAUGGCGUAUGUGGUCUCUCCUCCGACUGCAGUACCUCCAGAGGCGUCCUAUGAGGAAGACUGGGAGGUCUUUGACCCGUAUUUCUUCAUCAAACACGUCCCUGCACUGACAGAAGAGCAGCUCACCCGUAAGCCAGCCUUACCACUGAAGACGCGCAGCACGCCUGAAUUCUCGCUGGUCCUAGACCUGGAUGAGACGUUGGUUCACUGCAGUCUAAACGAACUGGAGGACGCAGCACUUACCUUCCCUGUUCUCUUUCAGGAUGUCAUUUACCAGGUGUAUGUGCGACUGAGGCCGUUCUUCAGAGAGUUUCUGGAACGCAUGUCUCAAAUCUACGAGAUCAUCCUUUUUACAGCCUCUAAAAAGGUGUAUGCAGACAAACUGCUCAACAUCUUGGAUCCUAAAAAGCAGCUCGUGAGACACCGGUUGUUUCGCGAGCAUUGUGUCUGUGUCCAGGGAAACUACAUCAAGGACCUCAACAUCUUAGGCAGAGACCUGUCAAAGACCAUCAUCAUCGACAAUUCACCACAAGCCUUCGCAUAUCAGUUGUCCAAUGGGAUUCCCAUAGAGAGCUGGUUCAUGGACAAGAAUGACAAUGAGCUGCUGAAGCUGGUGCCCUUCCUGGAGAAGUUGGUUGAGAUGGAUGAGGAUGUGCGGCCGCACGUUCGGGAGCGGUUCCGGCUUCACGACCUUUUGCCCCCAGACUGAACCCGACCACAGACUCUCAGAACGGGACAACGUGAAAAGACUCGAAACCACAUGUGUGUAAAAAGCCCCCGUUUGGAUUACAAACUACAACAUUGCCAUUACUGAUAAAAAAAAAAAAAAAGUUAGCCUUUUCCCCCUUUUUUGGUUUGUUUGUUUUUAAACGCAUCAUUGCUUAAAAAAAACUUUGAAAAGGAAAACGUUUUUAAGGAUCUGAUGAGACAUUUUCUAAAUCUCUAAGUGUAUAGAUGAAUCGACACAAUGAACAAGCCCAGAUAGACUCCUCUUUUUGACUGACUCUCCAGCUGUGGAGCCAGAUGUUGUCUCCACACUAAAUUCUGAAGUCUUGGUGCUGGUGUGGUGGAUAUGAAAAUGCCACCUGGCAAAGAGGAACUCCACACUGACCGAGUCCCUGAACCCAAAUCAACUCCUGGUGCUCACGCUGUUGACACUGAUGAAUAACGACACUCUGUGGCUACAGACAAUUUUCAGUGGGAAUGACGGGCCUGUAAAUCAAUCUGCGCAUGUGUGUAUGUUUACUCCUAGCCACACACACACACUCACUGAUUCGGUGUUUGGCAAACCUACAAUCUGUAGCCUUUUAAAACCAUAUGCAUUCCUCUGUAGCUGAGUCAAGUUUCUAUUGUUGGUUGCAGUUUUUUCUGGUAAAACUGGUGUUUCAUUGUUUUUUUAAAAAAAAGGAACAUUUCAAAAUGUUUUACUUCUGUUUGUAAGAUAUGGUAUUUUAAAAGGGGUCAUGUAAGUUUUAUUGUAAGCCUUUUUUCCUAUGAGGAGAACAUGGCCGCAUAUUAAAAGGUCCACUGCAUAGUCAGAUGAAAUGAAUCCGGACUUUAAGAUUAGUUUGUUCUCUUUCUAACAGAUAAAGGUUUGAAUCCGUGUGUUGGCUUCACUGUGGAUACAACUUGGCUCCCUAAUUAAAUGUUAGGAUUAAGAAUCUUGUUACCUGUAAAUCUACAUAUUGUAAAGGUCUGAGGGCAUUCAUCUUCACAGUGAUGUGUCAACAUCAACCUUUUCUUUAAUCAUAGUAUUUGAUUUGUCAUUUGUCUAUAAUCAGUGUUGUCUUUUUUACUCCUAAUCAAGUAUUCUGGAUGAAUCAGAGUUUUCGGUUUCUUUGUGACGUGUAAUUCGAUGGCUAUGUCGGUAGCAUAAUGACUAAUGUAGCACAUCUCUGCCAGUGUGUCCUGAAGUCUACCCCUGGUAGAAAUCUAUGGCCAGACCAUGUUCCAGCCAUCUCUGGCACCAGCAACAUACUGUUUGAACUGUCGGCUUCACUGACUGCCCCACUACUCGUCUGUUUCAUAAGUUUUACUUUGUACUUUUUAACCUUUUCUUUUGUUUUUCUUUUGUUUAGCACAGUUUAAAGCAUUACGUUAAAGAAUGGUAACUAUAUGAAUGUGUUUCUUCCUGACUUCAGCCUGGACACAAGCCAAACUGACAUUUUUACUCCACUGUUGUUUCAACUUAAUUUAUUGAAUAAGAGUGACGGACACGUAGCUGAUGUUGUCGCGGCAACCUCGCGAGCCUAAACCCAUGAGCUGAAGACAGAGCGACGGACAGGUUAAACACGCGUCAUUUAAAAAAAGGCUGUCUUCUGUCCUUCAAAAGGUCCACUUGAAUCUCUGUGACAAUUAGGCAUGCAUUGUUGAACUCUUUACAGUUCUUGUUUGGAUUUGUAGGUUGCCUGUACAGUGCCAUACAACACCCCCGCCAUCCCCAGUAGAAGUUCUCCCACCCCUGAAAAUUCUUAGAUGGAAAGAGACAAUCAGACAUCAGAGCUCUGCAGAUACUGAAACCUGGAGACCCCUUCCCUCUGUUAUUUUUUUAGUGUGCAGAAUGUGUUGUGUACUGUAAUUCCAGAGUUUUAACCCUUCCCCUGUCCCGACCCCGUGAGCACAUCCUCCGGGAGGCUCCUGCUGUGCCCCCCCCCCUUGCUCACUCAACACAGAUUCUGUUCAGAGAGAUGUUUCCUCCCUGUCUCUGCCUUUUUCUCACCAGAAGUUGGUAGCUCUCCAGGAAUUAGAAGAAUUAGCUUGUGUUCAAGUAAAAUUUGUUAGGGGGCAAAAUGGUGUUUACUCUGCCAUGAUGUUAUGAGUACACAUGUCCAGACUAUGAAUGUAAAUUGUACAUGGGGCGAAGUGUUCAAGUGUCUUUCUGAAUUCCAUGUCGAGUCCGCUCCUCGUCUAAUAGAACAAAUACGUGAGAAGGGGAUGUAAGCUCAGAUGUUGAAGAGAAGGCACGGACAGUGUUGCAUUGAGGUCCUACUAUGGUAGCCCCCCCUCCCCCCUAUCCCUGCAGCCCCCCCUCCGGGCAACCAUCCUUUAGUGUGCAAGCUUCACCUGGAGUGUGCGAUGUAGCCCGGGUGGGCUCGUCUCCUCAGUGUGCGGCGAUAGUGCAACUAUCUGUCAUGGCUUGUUCCCAGACGAUCGGUGGGAGGCUUUGAUACUUUUAAUCCAUUUUUAAUGUGCAUUACCAGUCUAUUGUACAAUGAGUGUUGUACAAUACAUGCAGCUUCAUGUUUUAAAAAAAAUCCUUAAAGUAAGGAAAAACUUUUGUAUUUUUUAUUUCAAAAGGCAUGUCAUAUCUACUUUUUAAAUGUAUUAAUGAAGAUUUAACUUUACAUCAGAUGGAGUGUUUUUUUUUCUUACAAAUAUCUGUAUGUUUAGUUUAGCGCUAUGUCACUGAACUGUUAAACUUAGCAUGUAGAGAAUACAGCUUGCUUUGUGGGGAAGUCCUGAAUUAAAUUUUAAUCAUGGCACUUUUUCUGCAGAAAGAAAAAAGCAAUUGUGUUAAUGAUUUUUUUUUUCAAUAUCUGUCAAGCCAUUUUACUUGCAAGAACUGCUAUUUGUGCUGAAGAUGUAUUUGAAAACUAUUUUAAGACAUCUUUGUUAGCCGUCAGGCUAUAUGCUAUUGUAAAGUGUAUAUACAGUUACAUUGAAUUUCUGAAACAAAGUUUUAAAGUUAAAAA